GUGGCCGGGAUUUGGGGUCUCCUUCCAGGGAUAUCUGCGGAGCGUAUGGAAGCAAAGACUCUUGGAAUUGCAACGCCCAGAAAACCUGUCUUAUGUGUCAGUGCAAGAAAAAUUAAGGACAAUGCAGCUGAUUGGCAUAAUUUAAUCAUGAAAUGGGAAACUCUUAAUGAUGCAGGUUUUACUACUGCAAGUAAUAUUGCCAACCUGAAAGUCAGUUUAUUAAGUAAAGACAAGGUACAAUUAGAGAGCAGCAGCUCAGCUUCCAGUGAAAAAGAAGAGCCAUAUCCAGAAUAUAAUGAAGAACUGGAGACACUGUGUGAAGAAUUACAGGCCACCUUGAAUGCUUUGACCAAAAUACAGGUGAAAAUGGAAAAGCUGUCUUCAACUACCAAGGGAAUAUGUGAAUUAGAAAAUUACCAUUAUGGGGAGGAGACUAAACGGCCCCUUCUGUUUCACACAUGGCCUACGACCCAUUUCUAUGAGGUUUCCCAAAAGCUUUCUGACAUGUACCGGAAGGAGCUGCUCCUGAAGCAAACUGUGGUUGAAGAGCUUGCCCAUUCCUCGGACCAUGACCUCAUCCUGAGCUACUUGUCAAUGUGGCUGUACCAGCCCUACCUGGAGAGUGACAGCAAGCUGCACCUGGAAAGCAUGCUACUUGAAACAGGGCACCGAGCACUGUGACCUCCCUGCACAGCCUGGUGUGUGAGAGCAGCUUUUACCCUCAGGGCCUUGGUAUCUUCCACGUCUCCCCUGGUGGACACUUUCCUGUGUAGGACCUAGUGCUAUAAGUCAGGAUCUGACAGCCACCGACUGUCUUAGGACCUUCCAGGCUUGAGCAUAUCUCCAGCCCCUCUGGCCUCUCCAGUCCUCCUCAUAGUAUCUUGGCCACUUCCAGCUGGUGCUCCUUGCCAGUCAGCCUCAUCUGCAUCUGUGAUGACUCUGUCCCUCAUGAGUGCUUCUGAGUAAAAUAAAUGAACUCCUGAACAGAA